AUGACGUUCUACUAUCCAACAAAUCCGUCAAUAUCCCUAACUUCUAAAACACUUAUUGUUCCCGUAGUCUCAGUCGGGAACGUCUCCCAGCUCGCCGCAGACCUACUCAUCUCCACAUUUGAGCUUGAACAAAUUGGCGUAUUCGAUCCGCAGGACCUCGUUCCUGUUAUUGGUGCGCGAGAAGAUGGAGCGGGUGUAUCGACGCCUUUGGAACUGUAUGGGAAGGAUGGGAAGGAUAUCUUAGUGAUACAGCAGAGAUCCCCUGUACUUAAGUCCCGCAAAGCUGCAUUCUCCACCUCGCUUCUCGCAUUCAUCCAAGAGAACAACAUCGGUGCGGUGCUUUACCUCACAGGCGUAGACUUAACAAACAGAAGUGACGCUCAAAUGCUAUCACCAACAUACAUGUUCAGCGCAGCCAACUCUCCAGCUCUAGACACCUCACCCAUCUCCCUCAUCAAGCAACUCCCAACAUACAAAUUCGAGUCCUCCGAACGUUCCCCAACUCCGUCUCCAUCAAUACCGUUCAUCCCGGGUGGAGGACUCACACGCCGUCUCCUCGCCCUCUCAUCUUCACCUUCAUCCAUCUCAAAAUCCAACAAAAAGCCCAUCCCAAGCGCAGCGAUACUCCAAUUCGUACUCGAAGGCGACAACCGCGCAGACGCAGAGUUCUUCGCAGGCGUCGUCGCGAGGAUACUGAAACUGCAAGUCGAGCAGUGGAGACAACCCCCAAGUUGGAGCGUGGGGUUGUUCGGAACGCCGCAUGAUCAGACGCUUUAUGGGUGA